CAUUUCUCUUUGGCUCCAUUUUCUUCUUCUUCUUUCUUUUCUUACACACAACAAAACCAAAACAGAGAACAAGAAAACUUGAGAAGCUGAAAUCAACAAUGGAGUUACGGUUUCCAACACAGUUCGUUUUCACCUUUCUUGUUAUGACGUUGCUUUUGGCUUCUACCAAUGCAAUCGAUCACAAUGAAUCAAGUGUUGUGGAUGGAGAAGAGAAAUUGAAGAUGCAGAGCUUGAAGAAUUCGUCGAUGGCGGAAAGGUUAAGUGAUUCUUUCAAUGAGCAUGCAGUUGAUAAUCCAGAAGAGAUUGCUUCUAUGGUCGAUACGACAAUACGCAAUUACACGGAGAGAAGGAAUCUGAAUUUUUUCUCAUGUGGGACUGGAAAUCCAAUUGAUGACUGCUGGCGAUGUGACAAGCGUUGGUACCUCCGGCGAAAGCGGUUAUCCGAUUGUGCCAUUGGUUUUGGUCGCAAUGCUAUUGGUGGCCGCGACGGAAGAUUCUACGUUGUGUCGAACCCGGGAGAUGACAACCCUGUGAACCCAAAACCAGGAACUCUCCGUCACGCAGUAAUUCAAGACAGGCCAUUAUGGAUCGUGUUCAAGAGAGACAUGGUGAUCACUCUGAAGCAAGAACUCAUCAUGAACAGCUUCAAGACUAUUGAUGGUCGUGGCGCCAAUGUUCAUAUUGCCUUUGGAGCCUGCAUUACUAUUCAGUUUAUCACCAAUGUCAUCAUCCAUGGUGUCCAUAUCCAUGAUUGCAAGCCAACUGGGAAUGCUAUGGUUCGUAGCUCCCCUUCCCAUUUUGGAUGGAGGACAAUUGCUGAUGGUGAUGGCAUUUCCAUCUUUGGUUCAAGUCAUAUUUGGAUUGAUCACAACUCUCUUUCUAAUUGCGCUGAUGGACUUGUUGAUGCUAUUAUGGGCUCCACUGCCAUUACCAUUUCUAAUAACUAUUUCACCCACCACAAUGAGGUUAUGCUACUAGGUCACAGUGACUCGUAUGUUCGGGACAAGCAGAUGCAAGUGACCAUUGCAUACAACCAUUUUGGUGAGGGUCUUAUCCAAAGGAUGCCAAGGUGCAGACAUGGGUAUUUCCACGUGGUAAACAAUGACUAUACCCACUGGGUGAUGUAUGCCAUUGGAGGCAGCGCUGAACCCACAAUUAACAGCCAAGGCAACAGAUACCUUGCCCCUCUGAACCCUUUUGCUAAGGAGGUGACAAAGAGGGUGGAUACAGGGGAAGGCAUAUGGAAAGGUUGGAAUUGGAGGUCUGAGGGAGACCUUUUGCUAAAUGGAGCCUUUUUCACUCCAUCAGGAGCAGGAGCUGCAGCAAGCUAUGCUAGAGCCUCAAGUUUGGGGGCCAAAUCAUCUUCUUUAGUUGGUACCUUAACUUCAAGUGCUGGUGUUCUUAACUGUCGCAGGGGUGGCAUAUGUUAAUACCAAACACUAUCAACAACCAAAGGAGUAAAGAGAAAGACUCAAAGCAAACUGAAAACAAAAACAAUAAAAAAGAAAACGAGAGAGAACGAAAAGUAUAAAGGAACGGAAGAAAGAGAAGUUUCUUUUUUUCCCCUCUUAUUAUUGAAUUGUUAUAGAUGUAUUGGAUGAGUAUGAGUAUGCACUUGCAGCAACUGUUGUUUAAACCCAUUGUUUGUCUUGUCAACAGUUAGAUAUUGGGGGUAAAAAUUGUACAUUUUAUGAUAGCAAUGAUUGCUUACAAGUCAUUUCCCACUUUUGGAGAUUGGCUUGUGGAAGAGAUUUCCCUUUAAUUUUCCAAGGGAUCCAAAAUCUAUUUUAAUCUCUUCCCCAGUAGUUUCUUUUUGUCUUCAGUAUCGAUAUGUAUGGUCUUUUGACUUUGUCGAAUAGUACCUCUUGAUUGUGUUUGUGUGCAUUUUUUAGAAAUCACUUGAAUUGGCCCAAGUGAAUUGGGAAAUAGGAAUGUAUUGAUGAAAUAGUUGGUAUUCAAAUCAUAAUUUAUCAUCUUA